UCCCUCCCUCCCUCCCUCCCUCCCUCCCUCCCAUUCCCAACCACCCACCCACACACACACAAAACCCAGAUCUCCAUCCACCUCUCAGCUGCUCCCCGUUCCGAGUGUUUGGAUGGUCGGACAAAAAGCCAUCCAACCAGAAGAAACCAAGGGAAUGCGACUGGGAAAGUACGAGCUCGGCAGGACCCUCGGUGAAGGCAAUUUCGGCAAGGUUAAAUUCGCCAAGGACUUGAAUUCCGGUGACUCCUUCGCCGUUAAAAUCCUCGAGAAGAACAGAAUCAUUGAUCUCAAGAUCACUGAUCAGAUAAAAAGAGAGAUCGCCACUUUGAAGCUUCUUAAACAUCCUAACGUAGUUAGAUUACACGAGGUCUUGGCAAGCAAAAAUAAGAUUUAUAUGGUCCUAGAAUAUGUAACCGGAGGGGAACUGUUUGACAGAAUUGCCUCCAAGGGAAAGCUUACGGAAGCCCAAGGGAGGAAACUUUUUCAGCAGUUGAUUGAUGGUGUGAGUUACUGUCAUAGCAAAGGUGUUUUCCACAGGGAUCUCAAGCUAGAGAAUAUUCUUCUAGACGCAAAGGGAAAUAUUAAGAUAUCAGAUUUUGGCCUUAGUGCUCUGCCUCAGCAUUUUAGAGAUGAUGGCUUACUGCACACAACUUGUGGAAGUCCCAACUAUGUGGCACCUGAGGUCCUUGCUAAUAGAGGUUACGAUGGCGCCACAUCAGAUGUAUGGUCAUGUGGUGUCAUCUUAUAUGUGAUUCUCACUGGAUACCUACCUUUUGAUGACAGGAACCUUGCUGUUCUCUAUCAGAAGAUCUUCAAAGGGGAUGCUCAAAUGCCCAAAUGGUUAUCACCUGGUGCCCAGAACAUGAUAAGGAGAAUUCUUGAUCCAAAUCCUCUUUCCAGGAUAACAAUAGCUGAUAUCAAAGCUGAUGAAUGGUUCAAGAAAGAUUAUGCUCCUGCAAAUCCUAAUGAUGACGAAGAAGAUAUUCACAUUGAUGAUGAAGCCUUCAGGAUACGUGAACUUCCAACUGAAGAAGUGAGGACCCCUGAAUCACCUACUCUCAUCAAUGCUUUUCAGUUGAUUGGAAUGUCCUCAUGCCUUGACCUUUCUGGUUUCUUUGAGCAAGAGGAUGUCUCAGAGAGGAAGAUCCGAUUCACAUCAAAUCACUCUGCAAAAGAAUUGCUUGAGAAGAUUGAGAAUAUUGUUACAGAGAUGGGAUUUCAAGUGCAGAAGAAAAAUGGAAGGUUAAAAGCAACACAAGAACAAGGAGGGAAGAAAAGUUUUGGUAGUUUAUCGGUUGCAGCAGAGGUGUUUGAGAUAAGUUCAUCACUGUAUGUAGUUGAAUUAAGAAAAUCAUAUGGUGAUUCUUCGGUUUAUAGACAGUUGUGUAAAAAACUAUCGAAUGAUUUAGGUGUUCCUGCAAGCCAAGGGCUCUUGUCAACAGAGGUGUCACCCACCCUGAGUGCUUAAUUUAAACAGCAUAUUGUAAUUAUUCAUAGACGCAGACAAGUUGUAGUCUCUGUAAAAUAGAAACAUCUUUUUGAGGUGCCAUAGUGCUAUUAUGUAUUCAGAUGAUUAUAUAUUUAGUGGAAUAUAAGGUUUCCAGUUACGAAAA